GUCUGGUAGUUGCGUUGAACAGUUUGUUGGUGUUGGCGCUGAACCUUUAAACUUUUGCAAUCAUCAUGAUUGAUGAGCAAAAAGUUGCUGCAACAUGUCAACAUGACGACUAAAUACUGCCAGGAUGACGGUCGGCAUACAGCAUGAACUACAUGAAAUGUUCUUUUGUUUUCGAGGUGAGCUGUGAUGAGUUCACUGUACAUCAGCUGAUGCAGAGGAGAAAAGCGGCCACUAGAUGUCAGCCCCCGACGUUGUUAAAAGAAAAGUUGCUCCUCAGAAGUCUAUAAUGUGCACCUCCUUCCUCUCUCUCUCUCUCUCUCUGAAGCUCAGAGCGCGCUAUAUAAAACAUCCGUCCACACUGACACUCAGAUGUACAAACACCUCGGCACAGCGCCGCCGACCCCCUCGCAUCACGUUUGUAACAGCAGACACCUGACCCUCCUGAAUGAGCCUGAGAAGAUUCAUCUCUGCUGUCUCGCCUCGGGAACGCCUUCCUCACUCUUUAUUUCUCCUCAAGUUCGGCAGCUGAUACCGGCUCAGUCAGAAGAAGGAGGUCUCUCUCUUCUCUCUUCUUUUUUCUUGUGGCUGAGAAGACCAAGGACAGUUUGACAUGAGGGGAGAAGCUCCACAAAGAGGCAUGAAGACCACAUGUCUGUGGGCUGCUGCUCUGCUGCUGUCACUCAUCUCUCUGGUUUCCAGUGCUGAUUCACCAACUUCAGGAAAUUCAAACUUAAGAGAAAGCUCAAAACCCAAAGUAAAGUCCUACUGGACUGAAAGCAGUAGCAAGUCUUUCUCCAUCAGCCGUCUGCUGUCACAGAGCCUCUAUGGCAAAGAAAACUUCACAACUCUGGAUCUGAACUACGACGAUGCAGACUUGUACUCUAAACGGGAGCAGUGGAACUGGCUUUACAACGCGUCAAACCCCCGUGACCCACGAUCCAGGACAAAAAGGAGGCCCAUCGUCAAGACUGGCAAAUUCAAGAAGAUGUUCGGUUGGGGCGACUUCCAUUCCAACAUCAAGACGGUAAAGCUCAACCUUCUCAUUACUGGUAAAAUCGUGGAUCACGGCAACGGGACGUUCAGCGUCUACUUCCGCCACAACUCGACCGGUCAGGGCAACGUGUCCGUGGGACUCGUUCCACCGACAAAAGCUGUGGAGUUCCAGGUCCACCAGCAGCACCAGCAGUACCACCACCAUCACCACCAACAGCAGCAGCAGCAGCAGACAGCCCUGGAGACCAAGGACACCAAGCUGUUCAACUGCAGGGUGGAGUACGAGAAGGUGGAGAAGGGCACCAGGAACUCACUGUGUGCCCACGACCCGUCGCAGAGCUGCCCGCAGGAGCAGACCCAAAGCCACGUGUCCUGGCUGUGCGCAAAGCCCUUUAAAGUCAUCUGCAUCUUCAUCACCUUCUAUAGCACCGACUACAAGCUGGUGCAGAAGGUGUGUCCAGAUUACAACUACCACAGCGACACCCCAUACCUCCCCACCGGGUGAUCACGUGACCAGACGAAGGAUAAAGAAAAAAAAGACCAAAAAAAAAAAAAAAA